AUGGCCUCUCUCCGCUCUUCCGCAUCGCUCUUGCUCAGCGCCGCGUCCAGGCCGGCCCUGCGCGCGGCUGCCGCUGCUCCGGCGGCUGUCCGCGGCAUGGCCCAGGUCACGGACGGCCAGCAGCAGAACAUGAUGGCCUCAAAUGACAAGGCCAAGCUGAAGACCUUCCAGAUUUACCGCUGGAACCCCGACACACCAACCGAGAAGCCGCGCAUGCAGAGCUACACCCUCGACCUCAACAGGACAGGGCCCAUGGUCCUCGACGCCUUGAUCCGCAUCAAGAACGAGCUCGACCCGACCCUGACCUUCCGCCGGAGCUGCAGAGAGGGCAUCUGCGGCAGCUGCGCCAUGAACAUCAACGGCACCAAUACCCUCGCCUGCCUGUGCCGCAUCCCCGCCGAGGACAACGCCGAGAUGAAGAUCUACCCGCUCCCGCACACUUACGUCGUCAAGGACCUGGUGCCCGACCUUACCCAGUUCUACAAGCAGUACAAGUCGAUCAAGCCGUACCUACAAAGGGAGACGCCCGCCCCGGAUGGCAAAGAAUACAGGCAAACCAAGGCGGACCGGAAGAAGCUCGACGGCCUCUACGAGUGCAUUCUCUGCGCGUGCUGCUCGACGUCGUGCCCGUCGUAUUGGUGGAACUCGGAGGAGUACCUGGGCCCCGCCAUCCUACUGCAGUCGUACCGGUGGCUGGCCGAUUCCCGCGACGAGAAGACAGCCGAGCGCAGGGACGCCCUCAACAACUCGAUGAGCUUGUACCGCUGCCACACCAUCCUUAACUGCACUCGGACUUGUCCCAAGGGUCUUAAUCCCGGUUUGGCGAUUGCCCAGAUCAAAAAGGAGAUGGCGUUUUAG